UCCCUCAUUCCUCUUCAAACAAACACAUCCACCAUUUCCUCCUCUCACCUUUCCAAACCCUCUCUCUAAUCUUUCUGACCCUCCGGCGACCGGAAAAUCUCAUUGGAAACUCCAUAAUCUUCCUAUAACUCCAUCGAAUUCCGAUCAACUCACCGGAUUCCCCAAAUGGGUUUCUCAGUCCAAACCAACCCACCAAGCUCAAUAGGCGAUUCCCACUACCACACCCACAAAGUCUUCCUCUUCUGCAACUACAUUCUCCUUGGAGCAGCCUCCAGUUGCAUCUUCCUCACCCUCUCUCUCCGCCUCUUCCCUUCCAUCUGCGGCUUCUUCUUGAUCCUCCUCCACGUCUUCACCAUCGUCGGCGCCGUCUCGGGAUGCGCGGCGGCUUCGGCUGGGAUGACCGGUAGGUGGUAUGGAGCCCACAUGGUUGCCACGGUUCUCACUGCGAUAUUCCAAGGCUCGGUUUCGGUGCUGAUCUUCACGAGGACGGCGGAUUUCCUCGGGAAUUUGAAAUCCUAUGUGAGGGAAGAAGAUGGAGCUGUGAUUCUGAAACUGGCAGGUGGGUUGUGCAUCUUGAUCUUCUGCUUGGAGUGGGUGGUUCUGACACUGGCUUUCUUCUUGAAGUACUAUGCUUAUGUUGAAGGAGGAGAUGGCAGAGUCAGCAGCAAUGCCAUUGUGAGAAGGAGUGCAAAAGUUCAGCAAGAUGAUGAUUUGAAGGACUGGCCAUGGCCUUUCCAAGUCUAACGCGAUCUCUCUGUUUUUAUGUUCUUGGCAUGGUCGUGCCAAUUACCUCUGCAGAUACAUAGUUACUAUUUUUUUUUAUUAUUGUUUUAUUUUCACUCUGUUGCUUGUAAUUUUCAUUGGAGUUUCAUGGUUUGAUUAAUUUUAUUUAUUCUUUUGGUUUCUUAUCUACAUCAAAUGGGGAUAUAGAGCUGUAAUUUUGUUCUAUGGCUCUUGCUUCCUUUUGCUGAAAUUGGUCCAUUCUUUAUAUGAAAUUUAAGUAAUAUGAGAUCUCUGUUUUGUUUGA